CUUCUAGGACUAGACCACACUUCAGAAUAGGCUACGGUACUCUACCGCUAACAAGGACGUUUUUCUUUUGGAUUUCGCGUUUUUACUCUUUUUCUUUAAUAAAGACUUGUGUUCUUGACUGUUACAAAUAUGAAGGAAAGGAGAAAUCCACAGCCGUUGGUGGUGAGAUGUAAACUGGUUCUUGUUGGGGAUGUUCAAUGCGGAAAAACUGCGAUGUUGCAAGUCCUCGCGAAGGAUUGUUAUCCAGAGACUUAUGUUCCCACAGUGUUUGAGAACUACACAGCGUGUCUGGAACUUGAGGAGCAGCGUGUGGAGCUCAGUCUGUGGGACACGUCAGGUUCUCCCUACUAUGACAAUGUGAGGCCUCUCUGUUACAGUGACUCUGACGCGGUGCUCCUCUGUUUUGACAUCAGCCGCCCAGACACCUUCGACUGUGGGCUCAAGAAGUGGAAGACAGAGAUCUUAGAUUUCUGCCCCAGCACACGCAUCCUUCUCAUUGGCUGUAAGACCGACCUGCGCACAGACGUCUGCACCCUGAUGGAGCUGUCCAAUCAGAAACAGGUCCCCAUCACCCAUGAGCAGGGUUCCUCCAUGGCCAAGCAGCUUGGUACUGAGGCCUACCUGGAGUGUUCCGCGUUCACCUCAGAGAAGAGUAUCCACAGUGUGUUCCGUACGGCCUCUCUGGCUUGCAUCAACAAGCUCCAGCCCCUCCCCAAGACCAGCCCCACUCAACGCUUAUCCAAGAGGCUCCUCCAUCUCCCCAGCCGCUCCGAGCUGCUCUCCUCCACCUUCAAGAAGGAGAAGACCAAGAGCUGCUCCAUCAUGUGAGUGGAGACCCGGGCGGGGGGG